AUAUUAUUUAAUUUAUGACUCUUUUCCUAUAAAUUUAUACCUUCUUCUUUCAUACAUGAGUACAGGCUCAAUAUAAUCUACGAUGAGCUCGAUCCAUUGGACUCAUGCCAUUCGGCUAACUAAGCCCUUUGGUCUCCUGCCAACGAGUAAAGCUCAACUACGACCAACAUAUUAUAAUCGAGUUUCGCUCUAUUCGUUCAAACAUCAACCAGGUGUGAGGUCGUUUCAUUUUCAACCAGUCGCUGCAAGUGUGAUACAAACAGCUGAGGAUGCCAUACUCGCUUUCCACGGUCUUACACACAUACCAUGGUUCCUAUCAAUUCCUAUCGUGGCAGUCGGAAUCAGCCUCGCUUUUAGGGUUCCUUUCAAUGUCUAUAUACACAGGAUCAACUACCGCCGAGCCAGAUUCACCCCGGUUCUUAUGGGAUGGACUGGGCGUAUCGCACGGGAUUUGAGGCGAGAAAGGGUUAAACCAUCGCAUGAGCGUAAGGAGACAUUAGCAAGGCAUAAAAAGUUAGCAAAAAGGAUAUACCGCACGGUCGGUUUACAAGACUGGAAACUAUAUUCCAACAUCCUCGGUCUACCUUUCUGGCUCUUAGGUGUCGAGAGUGUUAGAUGGAUUUGUGGCGGUCCGAGAGGACUUCUAGGGCAUCUGAUUCUGGGCAGGGCCGAAGAUGAUGCUACGGCUUCAAAUACACCAGGCGAUGUAGAAGCUGCUAUAUCUCCCUUAGAUGUUACAACCGCAGCUGCUGACCAGGCUGCUACGGCAGCCGAGCACAUAAAGAAUCUACCAGACCCGAGCAUCGCAUUCGAAGGCUGUCUAUGGUUUCCCGACCUGUCCGUUCCCGACCCAUAUCACAUUCUCCCCGUGGCGCUUUCAUCUUUGCUGGUUUGGAACAUGCUUCCUAAAUCCCAAGCGGGGCUGCGACAGCUAGCUGGGCUCAACCCUGAAGAUAAGUUUAUAGUUGAGACCCCGGCGAUAACGAGGCAACGCAGGUUACGUCGAAUUCUCAUCGUCCUAUGCUCACUCAUAGGACCUAUGACCGCAGACCUUCCGGCGGCUCUUCACCUUUACUGGUUAUCGACUGCCGGCACGCAAACAAUUACAAGCAAAGUCUUGGCAAAGUUUAUGCCGAUCGACACGAAAGUUGUUCCAAGGGCUCUGGGUGUUGAAACUGCUGUCAUCCGACCAAGAAGAGUUGAAAAAGAAGUAAAAGCUGCAGAUUAACCAGGCAUUGGUUGUGAAAAAAAAAAAGCCAAUUCAUACAAUCAGCGGGUAAUGUGUUUGUAAUUACCUAAGACUAUAUGAAAGAGUCCCGUGUCUUGGGAGUCCAAGUGUUGGUUGACGCCAAAUAUAGAUAACUACAAAUACCGAAGCUAUAUUCGUAAAUAAUAUGGUUACAUGUAACCCGUGAACCGCAAAGGAGGGAAUAGAAACCUCUAAGUUACCCCAAGAGAUGGCAGACUCUUAUCAGCCAUCGUCAACACAGCCCUGAUACAACUAAGUAAUAAGAAAUUGGAAUUGGCCCAGGCUAACUCCGAAACGCCUCCAGAUAUCGCUCAUACA